AUGAUGUAUAUAAAUUGCACUACCACGUAUCUAUGCGGCGGUUCUUUUAUCAAUAAUCGUGUCGUACUGACUGCCGCUCACUGCCUGUAUCCAUGCGUUGAUCCAGCUAAUGACAUUUUAAUCCUUAAUUAUGGACACGCUGCCAUAGAUAAAAUGAAACAUUUAAAAGUUCGUAGAUUUCUAGUACAUUACAAAUACAGCGACAUCUCUCUGGAAAACGACAUCGGUUUGAUAUAUUCAAAUGCACCGGUAAAAUUUGGGAAAAGUGUGAAACGUGUAGCGCUGCUGAGUAUAUUUCCAAGACGAGCAACUCACGGUUAUGUUACAGGUUGGGGAUUAGUUAAUAGAGACCCUGAAGAACUGGCUACAUCCAUGAAAUAUGUUCACCAAGACAUAAUAAGACCCAGAGAAUGCAGACGUGGAAACGUGCCUGCUGGAAUCUUCUGUGGCCAAUCCAAAAAUGUUGAAGAAUAUCCAGAAAUGUAA